AAUAUAUUUUAUUGGUAGUUUGCAUUUGAGACUCGAGUCGUGCUGUUGUCUGCAGCUCUUCUUUCUCUGGACUGUGAACACGUUUGUUCAUAUCGAAUCCUUUGAUCCUUAACGCGGUUCCUUAAAUUAUAGAAGCACUCACACACACACACAUACGAAAUGCGUGUGAUUAGUCUGUUGUUGUUGUCGUUGUGCGUUUGUGCCGCAAUUUGGCCAGGAAAUGCGGUUCUUGAAUGUUAUGAAUGCAUUGGUGAGAAAUGCGAUGUAGUAGAUGUAAAAGUUGUGAGCUGCACAUUAGAAGACUACCCUUUAACAUCAACUACCGCUGGUUCGACUGAGAGUACUCCAACAGAAACUACGACAUCAGAUGGCUCACCGACCCCGACCUCAACUCCGGUAGACUCAACAAGCUCAUCUUUAGAGCCAUUGCCAACGUCUACGAAAUCAGAUUCCUCAACCACGAAUCAAAACACAGAUUCUACCACAUCUGGAACUGUUACGAAUACUCCAGAUUCUACUACAGACUCAACAGAUUCUACCACAGAAUCGUCAGAGUCUACCCCGACAGAGGGUAGAACAGAAUCGUCAGAUUCUACUACAGAAUUAACCACUUUGUUGACAAGUGAAGAAUCUACCGGCUCUUCAGUAGAAUCUACCACAACUGAAAAUAGUACAGGAUCAUCUGAUACUAGUUUAGCAUCGUCUGAUUCUAGUUCAACAUCGUCAGAAUCUUCUACAGAAGCGGAGGUUAGUACUGGAUCGUCAGAGUCUACUACAGGAGCGUCAGAGUCUUCCAGCUCAUCGGAAGAAUCUACGCCAACGGAGUCUAGUACUGAACCGGCAGAUUCAAACUCAAAAUCGACAGAAUCUGGGCCUUCAGAUCACAUCGCAGAAGACACAAAUUUUCAGAGUCGGGCGGCAGUAACUGCCGGUGUCCGAUCUGGUCGAGUACGUCGUUCUCUGGCUGCCCAGGCUGCAGAUCAUCUACUACGCACCUAUCGCUCCUAUGAACUCUACGGGCGUGACAUUCAAUAUAAAAUGGCGGCCUGCUAUAGCAUUGUAGUCGAUGGGGUGAUUAAUCGUGGCUGUGUGAGGAUACCUGAAGGUCAAUCCGGCUGUGAUGCGGUGCGAAAUCAGGUUGGUCAACCGGAUAAGUCUGAUGAUAUGUGCGACGUUUGCGUAUUGGAUCGCUGUAACGGUAGCGCCACUCUUAAAUUAUCGCUGGCAUCGCUGCUCCUCUUGCUGGGCUUAGGACUGAAGAACCUCUUUUAGUGCAUCCCAAUUGUUAAUUCUUUUUAUAUAUGCUUAACUUCGCUAAGUGAUUUGCAUCUGUACUUGUAUAUUCUAUUAAAAUAAAAGGAGAGAUAAUUAUCAGGGGUGUUCCAGCAAUACAAACCUAAAAAAAGCC